GGUGCCAUGGUCCAUAAUACCAGCACAUUGCCCCGUUUUCUGAAAGGAUAGCAACGGUUCUAUUUUAUCCUUGAAUUCAAUUGCAAAAUUUGUUGUCCAAACGGGUAAAAUUGACUAGACAUCGUUCCAUUACUGCAUAUUAUAGUCAUUGUUGCCUCUGAAAUUAUGAUUUUAUGGUCAAAUUUGGUUAAUUUGUACUUUCUUUUUUGUUUUAAGUUGGCGACCAGUCUGAGUUAUGAUUUUAUUGAAUAUCCAGGCAAAACAGGCGAUUCAGUUGUCUAUGAUUUCGAUAGCAAAAGUAAAGACCAAGGGUUUGCAAUUUUAAAUUGCUCAUUCAAUCCGCCUUUUGACAGCGUAUCGUGGCAAUAUGUUGCUGUCGAUAGCGAUUCCAAGGCUAAGUCUCUUAUUACUGAUUCUAAAUGGGCCGAUAUUUUCAUUGAUGGGAAAUCGCAUUUCAUUCACGACAAUGACAGUCUGAAAGUAUCUGCAUGGAACGACCAAUCAGACUCUAAGACGCGACGUUACCGAUGCAUUGGUAACAUUCGCAACUGGGGCUCUGUCAUAAGCCCUGCAGGUAAGGUCACUGUUGCAGUGCCUCCUUACGCAGUUUCAUCAGGAGGUCCAACAAACUCGAAGGAGUAUGAAAAUGGACUUUUGAAGCUGUUUUGUCCUGUCAAAGCAACUCCACAUCCCGCUGUCACUUGGUUUAAGAAUGACAUCAAGUUAUUUACGACUCCUCGUAUAUCGACCAUGCCUCCAUCAGACUUCAGUACGGCCGCUCUGGAAAUCUCAAAUUUACAGUUGCGAGACCAGGGAAUAUACUCAUGUGAGGGUUCGAACUUAGUAGGCGACAAGCGUGUUUACGUUUCACAGUUGGAUGUGAUCAAAGGUCAUACCAGCGAAGGCUUACAAUUUUACAUCUCGCCUUCAAAUCUGAGUGCCUUAGUAGGAGAAGAUGUAGUGUUGCAAUGUGCUGCCAGAGGGUUUCCUACUUCUAUCAAGUACACCUGGUACAGAGAUAAUGUGCCGCUUCCGGACGGAGCAUCAGACGGAAAGUACGCCAUUAUCGGCAGCGGAAACAUCAAAGUGAAACAAGUUAAUCUCAAAGACACGGGCAAGUAUAAGUGUAUUGCUACUGUUAGUGGAAUGGUCGAAGCAAAGUCUCAAGAUCCGAUUCAUCUUCAAAUCAACGAAGCGCCAAGAUUUAGCAUCCCUACGAUGGACUCUUUCAUCCAGAUUCAAGGCGAAGAACAUGGUAGUGUGGUACUCCCAUGUCCUGUAGUUGCGCAUCCUGCGCCUUCUGUUUCCUGGUACGUGGAUAAAAAACCCUUAAAAGUGGAUGGAAUUUAUUUUGUCCAAGAGCCGGAUUCAAUGCAAAUCUAUGGGCUGCUUAUUAGUGACAGUAGGAUUUACGAAUGUGUCGCCGAAAACGAUUACGGCUCUGUUUACAGAAUAUUCCACUUGUCUGUUCUGCCGAAAUCUCCGACAAUGACUUAUACAUCAAUUUCACAGCCGCUCAUGUUCGAGGCAGAGUCGACUACAAUCAACUCGGUGACGCUUUCGUGGAAACCACCCGGAGCUCAACGUAAUGAUUUAGUGCGAUAUCUCAUUUCAUAUCACGAGAAAAACUCAAAAUUUCCAAGAGUAAAGAAGGUGACGAUAUUGAAAGACAAAACCACUCUUGAGAUUGGAAGUCUGCAAGAGGAUACCUUGUACGAGUUCAGUGUCCAGGGGGUGAAUUCGAAUAACGACCUUGGACAAAUGGCAACUACAAGAGUGAAAACACUAAGGAGAACAUUGCUCGGCGAUAUUACUGUGUCAGUGCAACAAGUCCAAGCCAAGAACGCCUUGAUUGAAUGGAAGGUCGUAUCUUCUAGCUACAACACUUUCCAACUCGAGUACGUAACUUCGUGUUUCACGAACUCUCCCCGAGCGUCUCGAGUUACAACUGCUUAUAAAUCGUAUCUCCUCCAAAACUUGGAGGAGAGUUGCCGAUAUAAUGUGACUGUGUCUUCAGGCAACAGUCAAGGCCAAGUUGCACUAGGAAGCACUUACUUCGAAACACUUCCAGCGAUACCAUCUGCAGCUCCUGAAGAUGUCCGAGCUAUGGGAAUUGAUCCGAGAAAAAUAGAAGUUUGGUGGGCGGAAGUCCCGAAAAAGGAUCAAAAUGGGAAGAUAACUCAAUACAUAGUCAGAUACCGGCCGGAAAGAAUGAAGAAAGUUGUUAACACCGAAACAAUAUCCGCUGAGGAAGGAACACAUGUAGUACUUUCCGGUUUAGACAAGGAUUCUGUGUACCAGAUUUCAGUUGCAGCGGCAAGCUCUGUGGACAUAAAGAAUCCCUUUGGACCGUACUCAGAUUGGAUCUCGGCUAAAACCUUAGUGAAUACUCUUACGGAAGACAGAGUUCCAGGAAAAGUGAAAAGUUUAUCAGUAGUUGAUGUAACAGACAGCACUAUAACCAUUAAGUGGGAAGGAACCCAAGACGGAGAAACUAUAAGAGUGAGAUCGUACGUCCUUUAUAUUGAUCAAAUGGUGCCAAUCAAUGUCGAGGCUGUCGUACCAGCCACCGAUGACAGAUUCACCUUCACAAACCUCAAGGUCAAUAAAAACUACAUCAUAAAAAUGGCCGCUAAGAACAACAUCGGAAAUGGACCGGACUCUUUAGUCUAUCAGAGAACAGCCGAAGCACCGUCAGUAUUCGACAUGCCCCUGCAGAUGCCGAACAAUGUUUCGGUGCGAGCGAUCAGUCACGAUACUUUACAAGUGUCUUUUACUUCGAAUAAUCCGACUAAAGAUGAUUCAUGGUACAAAGUUCGAGUAACUUGGAGAUACCCGACAGUUUUUACCCAGGAGUUUGACUGCCGGCCACCGCUGACUCUGUGUUCAGUUACGGGACUUAGACCAGGAACCGAAUAUGAAAUCGAUGUUAAAGCAUACAGAGGCGCUCCAGGUGACCCCAAUGCCAUUUCCAGUCCCUGGAGUAUGACAGCUCAGGGGAGAACUCUGGAAACAGUGCCAGCAUCUGCACCCACUGAUCUGACUUCCAGUACGGUUACCGCGAAGCCGAACAAUGUCCUUCUGAUGUGGAUGGCACCCAGUGAGCCAAACGGGGCUAUCACUGGAUAUGAUUUGUCCUAUACGACUGAUCCGUCGGCAAAAGACUGGGCACUUGAUCAUGUUUUGGGGAAUGUUUUAGCCCACGAAGUGAAGGAUUUAACGCUGCAAACUACUUAUUACUUCAAAAUAGCCGCGAGAAACAAAAAAGGCCUUGGACCUUCUUCAGCUCCAUUAUCAUACACAACUCCUGCAGUUGGAACUAACGGAGGUAGUUUUGGAUCUCAGGGUGAAGAAAGAGAUAACGGAAGGAGCGGAGGGUUGGACAAAGAAUAUUUUUACAUUAUGAUAGCGGGAGUUGUAGGAAUAACAGUUAUCGUUGUGUGUCUUAUCAUCGCCUUCGUUGUAUGUCGUAUUAUCAAUCAUCAAGCAGCUGCCUCGAUUAUUGAUAAGCAAAGCGUCUUGGGGAGACCCGAAUCAAGUUUGACCCAACAGGGAUCUCUAUACGCAGCUGCCGGAAAACAAACACAACUGCAACAACCAGAUGUUACAGAUUUGUAUGUACACAAAGACCAAUUGAUGGAGAUGAAGAUUGGCAAAGACCUCUCAUUGACUUACAUGCCAGCAGGCUCGGGCUCUCAGUUGAGUAAUGGCAUCAAUGACUUCAUGAGAUCAGGUAGUCCUCCAGAUAUCAACAAGCAUCUUAUGACAACGAAUUUUUCCAUGGGGGCACCGUCGCCGUCGGGAUACCCGCAGAUGUCAAUGACACCUCAAAGCAUGAUGCACCUGCAAUCGAAUCCGUCGCCGAAUGUGUUAAAGCAAAUGCAGCUCAACGCAAUGCAUGAGAUGCAGCAGUCGAAGACGUUGCCCUCGCAUCAUCAACAGCCGAAUUUAAUUCGACCGACUCCAGUGAGAAUGGGAGCCCACCUGCCCCCACCGCUCUCUCAGCAUCCCCACUCAAUGCACUCCGAUGUGCCCACUAUGGCAAUAAAACCCAUGCUCAUGUCCACUUCGAACCAUACAACUCCUACACCUAUGUCGAAUUCGCCACACUGCUACAGCGGAGGCUCAAUGGGACAGUACAAACAUUAUGAGUGUGAUAAUAUGGGCGACUAUAAUGGCUCGGACAAUGCCGUUUACAGUCCUCCCAGCUCCCUUUCAGGUGGAAAUAUGUCACGUGACGGAAGUCUGGGACGUUCCAACAAGUACCACAAUUCGGAUAAGGCACUGAAAGCUUUACCAUCGAUGCCUCCUGAGCUAAAACCCCUUUCUAGUCUAAGCUCGCCCACUGGACCUGUACUGCCGAUAGCCUCAAUGCACAAUCAGCCCUCUAACCAGUACCUCCAGAUGCAGGGUAACCUCCCUCCCUCAAGUGUGUCAAUGAUACCUCCGGUAUCCUCAGCACAUUACAGGCCCCCGACCCACCCUAGAAUGGGAACAGGAGGUAUUAAUCAACCCGCAGGAAUGCCCAAUGAGUUUUACAAUCACUCAGUGAUGCAACAGGAAGCGGACGCGUGUGUUGAUAGAAUAGCCGGACUGAUGAAUAAAUUAAACAGCGGGGGCAGUCACCAGAAUCAUAAUAACCAGCAUGGGUAUCCUUUUCACGUGACAGGCGAGAUGGACUGCUAGUGAAAAAUACGCAAACUGACUUCAGUUUGCUGAUAGGUUUCAUUGCAUUUUGGCAUGUGCAAUUGCAGUUAUCCUAAGAGCUCUUAAUCAUCCGACGACGAAUCAAUUUAUAGUGUCCUUCUUUCAUCGAUGUCUAUUACCUUUUCUCAAUCUGCUUUCUAUUGUGACAAAUCGAAUCUCGUUUUUACCCCUGAACUUGUCACGAAGACUUCAACCUAAGAUAGUUACUAUAGGAGAAACUUUAUUAGUUAUUAUCCGCAGGAGAUUUCUUUUACCACGGAAUUCUCUAUUUUGUAUCACUAUUUCAUAAAAUCAUCCAGCGAGAUGUUUUGGAUAUUGCCUCAUUCUAUGUAAAUCGUAGAUUACAUUUUGCAUCAAUUUUUUAUUCUUUGUAUCUUUCGUAUUGUGGCUGCUUACUUUACUUUCUAUGAGUCAUUUUCCUAGCCUGAAGCUCUUAUCUUUUUACCCUUUUCGCUUCCAACAAAGGUUAUCUGCUGGCAUUAUUCUAAAUGACAACCUCACGCCAAAUUGGGAGUGAUGUAAGCUAUACCUUCAGAAGUGGAAAGCAUUGUUUUCUUGCUGUAUCUUCAACGGAGGUUUACCAUUGCUACCAUGUGCUGCAAAUCUUUCUGCGCAUUUCGGUUUCCGAACGAAUGACAAAUCAGAGAAAAUUUGGUUAAUUUGAUUGAAAACCUACUAAACUGAGGAAUCAAAACGUUGAUUUAAAAAAUUUUAUUGAAAUUUCAGUCGAUGAUUUGUUAAAAGUUGAUUUAGAAAUAGUUGAAGUCUCGAUCUGGUUAUAAUUAUGUGUAUUUAAUAAUCAAUUUUUC